AUGAUGUUCACCAAGACUCUCAGCCUUGCUGCCCUCUUCGCCACCCUGGCCUCAGCCCUCCCCCAGGACAAGAUGGUCCGCCGCGCAGGCAUGAUCAAGCGUGACGGCGGUGGCGUCACCAUCACCAACAACCUCGAGCAAGACGUCUACGCCUGGUCCGUCGCCGGCGACGUCGGCCCCAUGGAGACCAUCAAGAGCGGCGGCGGCGUCUACAACGAGAACUGGCGCACAAACCCCAACGGCGGCGGCAUCUCCAUCAAGCUCGCCCUCGACCAGGAGCAGCACGAUGUCCUGCAGUUCGAGUACACCCCUGCCGGUGACACCAUCUUCUGGGAUCUGUCUUGCAUCGACAUGCAGUCCAGCAACAAGUUCACCAACUUCGGCUUCGCUGUCCAGCCUUCCGAUGAGAGCUCGACUUGCCCCAAGGCUAUCUGCGCGGCUGGUGAUACCGCUUGCUCCGCGGCUUAUCUCAUUCCCACUGAUGAUCACGCUACCCACGGCUGCCCCAUCGACACUGCUCUCGAGUUGACUCUUGGUCAGCCCUCUGCUUAA